UUUACGUUUCUUAUGCAGCAGCAGCAACUUCGAGUUAUUGAGGAUUUAUUAAUUUAAACUGAUUUAAAAAUGCCUAAAGUCGUUUCCAGAAGUAUUGUGUGUUCUGAUUCAAAGGAUCAGGAAGAAUAUAAUGACACCGGACCGCUAAAUAUCUACUACUGCCUGUGUGGCCAGAUGAGUCUUAUUCUUGAUUGUAUCAUUGAGAAACUGCCCCUUCGACAGUUGGACGGAGCUCGUGUCAUCGAUUCGGCCAAGCAUGCUAAUAAAAUCACCUCGGAACCAGGUGAAACCGUUUUCAUUCGGCGACAGGCGGGUAUCGAGAAACAGCAUCGCUUCAAGUGCAAAAAAUGCGGCCUCCCGUUGUAUUACCGACAUAAUAAUGAUCCGCAGGUUACGUUUAUCAUCCGUCGUGCACUGGUAAAAUCGAAAAGCGAUGCCCGAAUAACGGAAUCCUUCAAACCGGUUGCUGCUGCCUCUUCGCUGGAACCCAAGAAAGUUAUGGUAACGAAGCACACAAAGAAUAUGGGAAAAUUCAGCUCCGUUACGGUGUCUACUAUCGACGAGGAAGAGGACGAAAUCGAGGCCCGUGAAGUUGCCGACAGUUAUGCCAACAAUGCCCGCAUUAUCGAAAAACAGCUGGAACGGAAGGGUGGAAAAUCUAACGAAACGGUUAUCAAAGAAAAAACAGAACCUCCACCGUCGAAGAAAUCCCGGGGUACAUUGAUAGAUGUGUAAUUGGGCUUGUAUCAGAUGUAUGGAAAAAUAAACAUAACUGAAAAUGUCUUAGGUUAUUCAAUGAGCAAUUGAU